AAGAGAGCAUUUUUAUUUUUAGCAAGUUCGUCCGCGGUUCUCUCUCUCUCUCUCUCUCUCUCUCUCUCUCUCUCUCUCUUGUUCUUUUGCUCUUUUGCUCUCUCACUCUCUCUCACUCGAGCAUCGGUCGCAAAAACCGGUUCCUCUCUCGUGGCACCACUGCUCACCAAGGAAAGCACGAGGAACCAAGAGAGAAAGAGAGAGAGAGAGAGAAAGAAAGAGAGAGAGAGAGAGAGAGAGAGAAAGAGAAAGAUACGAGAGUCCAGUAUAGACGAAGAAUCUUAAGAGAAAGAGAAAGAGAAAAAGAGAAAGAGUAAGAGAUAGAAAGAACUUGGAAUUUGCUCGUGUCCCAAUACACAUAGUCGCCGACGUCGUUUUCACGUUCCUCUAUGUGAAUAUAUAUAUAUAUAAUAUAUAUAUACAUAUAUCAUACAUAUAUAUAUAUAUAUAUAGAGGUAGAGAGAAAGAGGGACAAACAUAACAUAUAUUUAUGUGACUAUUCUUCUAUCUCACUCUUUCCAACUUGUCUAUCCACUAAUCUAUUGUUACUCUCACUCACACAUACAUAUACAUAUAUAUAUACAUAUAUAUAUAUAUAUAUAUAUAUCAGCAGAGAUAGCAGACAGACUGCAGACAUACACGCAUAUUUACCUCUCUCUUCUAACCUCCUACGUUAUAUCGAUCGCAUAUGCACAAAACGGAUUAUAGUCCCUACAAGACUUAUAGUCGAACGAAAAUCUUUUAUUUUAUUAUUGCUCGAAAUAAAUAAAAGAGAAAAUAAAAGGGGGGAGAUUGGAAGAAAGAGAGAAAGAUAGAGGGAGAGAGAAAGAUAGAGGGAGAGAGAGAGAGAGAGAGAGAGAGAGAGAGUGAGAGUUUGGAUAAAGGGGGAGGAAAAAUCGUUAUGUGAAGAAUGGCAACCGAUUCCAGCAACAACGAGAACAACAAUCGUCAUCAUCAUCAUCAUAAUCAUAAUCAUGGGGUUAGAGCUGUCGCAACGACGACUACAGAUCCAAGACGUAACGAAAAGCGCGCCGUUGCGGCCAGAGGUGCCGCUGGUGCACUUGCUCUCAGCGUAUUGGCUGUCGUCCUCCAAUCAGCUGCCACGGCUACCCCCGCCUGGGGAUACUUCACCAAUCCCGAUGCUGGUACAGCUGCGGAAAAGGGUUACUUUGGACCAUGGAGGCAAUGCAAGUUCCUUUUAUAUGGUCGAGAAAGAUGUGGCCAAGGUAUCUCAAGGUUUCAACCAGUGUUGGCUGUGUGGGUGGCUGGAUUGGCUGCUGCAGCAGCUUCUACGUUACUCGCCAUAUUGGUUGGCCUUGCCGUACUUCAGCUUGCCAUGGCUUCAUCUGCGAAGAAGGUUGUCAUUUCGUAUAGCACUGCUCUUAUCGGCAAGGUCGCUUUAGCAACCUUGGCAACGUCAUUGGCCAUCGUAGCUGCGAGUUUAUUUGCUUUGCAAACGGAUGACAGAGCGAACAGUUUCGUUGUUUCAAGAGGAGAAGCUUUUUAUAUGCAGUUAGCUGCCAUUGCCUUGAACUUUGGCGUGCUCGUCUCUGCCGUUUACGAGGGAAUUUACGCACGAAGGGGUGGCGACCCUACGAAGCUAAGAACCAUCCCUGAUCCUCGUGCAGCUACCAUAAAUAAUCCAGGAUAUCGAGAACACCAUCGACCGACGAAUGGUGGAAGUAUUUCAAUGACAGAUGCAAGUGGUAAACCAUAUGUGGGUGGUGCCGGUAAUGGUUCGAUGGCGUCCGUAGCUACGUCAGGAAGUGCAGCUAGUACUGCAUCUCCUUUGAGAAGCUCGUUAAAGAAACCAAAACCCCUCGGAAUCCAUAAUCCAGGAUUCUCGGCACAUAGUCCAACGUUAUCGAGGAAUGGCUCGCAAAAGAAAGUCCGUAUACAGACUCAUUCUACGGAAGUUUAAGAAUGGAAGAGAGCCAAGGUUGAUAUCUAUUUCUUUUUUUCUCUUUUUUUCUACGACGAGAAGAAAAAAGAAAAAAGAAAAAAAAAACAGAAAAUUCGUCGAUGAAGAAGAAAACGAAGGAAGGGAAGAGAGUAAAAAAAGAAAAUGGAAAAGGAAGAAAAAAAACAAAGAUUUUGUGAAGAACUCAUGGAAAUGAUUUCUCUCUUUUUUUUUUCCUUUUUUUUUUCUCUCUCUCUCUCUCUCUCUUUCUCUCUCUUUUUCCUUCGUCGAACACGAUCGAACGUAUGAAAUAUACUCGACGAGAUUUGUUUUUGCAUUUUUUAUUGUUUAUAUAAAUCUAAAUCGAUAUCAUUAACUUUCGAUGAGAUCGAUCUUAAAGAUUACCGAUCAAACGUCGGUAAGAUAGUUCUCUUCUGCUUUGGUUGUGAAACUGAACGCGUGGUGAUAUAAAACGAAAUAUAUAUAUAUAUAUACAUAUAUAAUUCCAUAUUAUUCCGAAUUAAACUAGAUCAAUAAGAAAUAUAAUAAAUGAAUGUAAUUUAAUUACGUAGAAUAACGUAAUUUGUUUAUUUGUUAAUCGCACGCGAGUCAAGAAUAUAUAUUAUUGUAGUUUAAUAUGACGAAAUAUUUGUUAAUUAAUUUAAUCAAACGAUCAGGUGAAACCGGUCGUUGAAUUAUAUAAUCGUUGUCAUUUUUUGAUUUACAAAAAAAAAAAAAAAAAAAAAGAAAGAAAGAAAGAAAGGAAAAAAAGAAAAGAAAUAAACGAAAAACAAAACGAAACAAAAAAUGGAAGAAAGACAAAAGAUCGGACGAUUAAAUUAGAAUUAACUUUUAAAAGAAAAUCUUAUGGGAACGUAAUCUCUCUCGGUUUAAUUAAUUUUUAAUUGAAUUGUAUUAAAUUAAUUAGCACGUCCUUGAAAGUAAAUUAGACAAUACUUAUUAUUUGCAUCACAUCCGUCCAGCCCUAAGCAGGCAGCUAGUUACACAGAGCGAGAUAUAUAGUAUAUUAUAUACAUACAUAUACACAUACUCACAUAAACACGAAUAUAAAUAUAUGUAUAUUUAUAUUUUUUAGGGAUUGUUUUGAUAUGGGGUGGUCGAAAAGUUUUCAAAAUAAGACAAAAAGUCUUUAAAUGAUUUUAAAAAUCGAUUAUUCCUUUUCGAGAAGUUGCAAUAAUGUAAUUAAAAUUACAGCUUAACGAGCUAAUAUCGAAGUUUUAUAAUUCGUAAAAAAGAUUAGCCUAAAUGCUUUCAAAAUGGAGUAAUUGAUUUUUCAAACCAUUUAAAAUCUUUUGACCUAAAUAGACAUUUUUGGUCCACCCUGUAUAUAUAUAUAUAUAUAUAUAUAUAUAUAUAUAUAUAUAUAUAUAUAUUUAUACACACAUACACAUAUGUAGAUAGAUACGUAUGUAGGUACACGGAAUGGAUUUUUUCUUUUUUUAAAUAUCCUCCGAAUUUUAUUAUUAUUAACGAGAUAUAUAUAUAUAGUGGACGAUGAUUUUAAGUGAUUUUAAGUUACCCUCCCUCGUUCGUCUCUUUAAAAAUAUAAAAAAAAAAAAAGAUAUAA